AUGGCGCGCGGGCAGGCGCACAUCUUCUCCAUACAGGUCGGCGACUCCAAGAUCAACGUGCAUCCCGAAGGCUACACCGCCGCCCUGCGCGGUCCGACGGCUGUGCCCGGCAGCGCCGACAUCUGCUUCGUCUGGAACGGCGCAGCAGCCGAUUGCGAGCGGAUGCUACAAGACGCAGGCGUGGCAAUCAUAGCCGGCCCCGGCCCAAGACGCGGCGCGACUGCGAGACAAGACAGCCGUCAGCCUCUACGCCCGCGACCCCGACGAAAACCUGCUCGAAUGGAUGAUUUACGAGUAACCCACCCCGUCAUUCCCGCGCAGGCGGGAAUCUAG